CAUGCGCCACUAUUGCACGUGAAGGCCGUCGUUUCACGCAGUUCUGUAAACCUGCGCUAGGAAGAGAGAAAAGGGCAUUUUUUCUCUGCCCUGGGAGGGUGGGAAUGUCAGUAGCAUAUCGUGAUCAACGUUUAUAUUACUGAAGCUUGGUGUUUGGAAGAGAAUGGCCACCUUUUCCCCCGGGCAGAAAUGACCUGACCUGGGCAGAAAUGUUACACGUCGUGAUUUUGUUGUUGUUUAGUCGUGCUACUCUUAUGAAGAUUUUUGCAAAAUGCCUUCUCUUCACAGUCAGCCAUAAACAGGGCUAUCAAUGCUGGUAGACGUUAAGGGUGACAGUGAAGAAGAAGAAGAAGAAGAAGAAGAAGAAGAAGAAUUAAUACCUCACUGAUCUGGCUGGGUUGCCAUCUAUCUAUUCUAAGUCAGCUCUGCUGGUUGUUAAGUUCUUGGCCCCAUUCAUGGUGGGAUGAAAGUUAAAUUUGUUGUUGUUGUUUAGUCGUUUAGUCAUGUCCGACUCUUCGUGACCCCAUGGACCAGAGCACGCCAGGCACUCCUGUCUUCCACUGCCUCCCGCAGCUUGGUCAGACUCAUGCUGGUAGCUUCAAGAACACUGUCCAACCAUCUCGCCCUCUGUUCUCCCCUUCUCCUUGUGACCUCCAUCUUUCCCAACUUCAGGGUCUUUUCCAGGGAGUCUUCUCUUCUCAUGAGGUGGCCAAAGUAUUGGAGUCUCAUUUUCAGCGUCUGUGCAUGCACAGAAGCACCUAACAUGCUCUGUUACUUCCAGGUCACCACGGAGCGCAACCCGAAAAUACUUAACCUGAAGCUACUUCAACCCGAGGUAUGACUGUAUAUCCCAACCUUUCCUUCAAAGAGUUGAAGGUGACACACAUGCUUCUCCACUGCCCCAGCGCCUUACAGCAACCCUGUGAGGUAGGGUUAAGCCAAGAGGUAGUGACUGGCCCAAGUUCACCGACUGAUCGUCAUUGGGAUUUGAACCUUGGUCUCCCAGGUCCUAGACUGAUACUCUAACCACUACACCACACUGACUUGUUUCAGAGGGCAGGAGACAACUGAGUUACUAAGGCUAGGAGGAGGAGUGAAGGGGCAAUACGGAUAGAGAGGCAAGGAUGGUCAAGCCAUGGACAGCUCUAUUGUUGUUGUUUAGUCGUGUCCAACUCUUCAUGACCCCAUGGACCAGAGCAUGCCAGGCACUCCUGUCUUCCACUGCCUCCCGCAGUUUGGUUAAACUCAUGCUGGUAGCUUCGAGAACACUGUCCAUCCAUCUCAUCCUCUGUCAUCCUCUUCUCCUUGUGCCCUCCAUCUUUCCCAGCAUCAGGGUCUUUUCCAGGGAGUCUUCUCUUCUCAAGAGGUGCCCAAAGUGUUGUAGCCUCAUCUUCAGGACCUGUCCUUCCAGUGAGCACUCAGGGCUGAUUUCCUUCAGAAUGGAUAGGUUUGAUCUUCUUGCAGUCCAUGGGACUCUCAAGAGUCUCCUCCAGCACCAUAAUUCAAAAGCACCCAUUCUUUGGCCAUCAACCUUCUUUAGGGUACAGUUCUCACUUCCAUACAUCACUACUGGGAAAACCAUAGCUUUAACUUUACGGACCUUUGUUGGCAAGGUGAUGUCUCUGCUUUUUGAGAUUCUGUCUAGGUUUGUCAUUGCUUUUCUCCCAAGAAGCAGGCGUAUUUUAAUUUCGUGACUUCUGUCACCAUCAGCAGUGAUCAUGGAACCCAAGAAAGUAAAAUCUCUCACUGCCUCCAUUUCUUCCCCUUCCCCAAGAGAAUGGCCACCUUUUUCCCCUGGGCAGAAAUGACCUGACCUGGACAGAUAUGUCACACACUGUGGUUUAGUUUAUAUAAAAUAUGCUGCGAUUUAUGUUAUGCAAAAUGAACCAUGGAAAGAGAAGGAGGGUAGCUGGGGAAACCCAGCCAGAUGGGUGGGUAUUAAUAUUAAUAAUAAAUAAUAUUUCAAGGUUGUUUAAAUGAAUGUUCUAAAAUGUAAAACAGAAAGUUCAAUAAAAAAUGUACAGUGCAACCAAGCACAGAGGUGUACCUAGGAGUUGUAUUGGCGUCUUGUCCUGGGGGGGGGGAAUAAAUCACUUUACUGCAACAACCAGGGUUUCUUUUCCACAGGAACUCGCAGGAGCCUAGUGGGGGCCAUGACCAUUCUAAGAGAACAAGGGUUUGUGGUGAGUUCCAGCACCUCUCUUUUCUAGAAAAAUAGCUCAAUUAUAUUUAAUGAAAACCUGAAGUAUAUACUUCACUAGCGAGAGCUCAUUUACCAAAUGCGCUUACAGUCAAACAUCAUAAAUGGGCACCUCUGCUACAUCUACAUGUAAUGUGCCAAAUUCAUUUUCAAACAAAUUGUGGAGUUUUUGUUCUGUUUUUCUAGUCGACCAACAGCAAUGGGGCAACUCCUGAAAGUUUUUUUAAAGUGCAAGUUCAUUCUCCAACCUAACAAAUAUUUUUUGCAAGGACACAUCUACUUGGGGGUUUGCAGAGAGGUAAAUUGGAGUACAGAAGUAGCAGGGGGAGCCAGCGCUUAAUGCUUAUAUUGAGAAUAAGCACAUUUCUAGACCUUCGUGGCGAGGGAAACCCCUUGUAUACCACUUUGUGGCGGUUGCCAUUUUUGUUCCAAUCAACCCAGUACCUAAAUUUUAUGAAAUAAAUAAAUAAAAGUGCCAGGGGUUAGGUGUGGGUAGUUAUAAUAAAAAUCUGGCUUAUUUUAUUUUGGUCCUCUUGGCAAAAUGGACAUACAGGAUUUGACCUGCCUGUUUGAUCGUAUGACUUACACUCUUACCUAGCUAGCUAUCACACAGGAAAGAAAGUCACUAAAGACAGUGUUGCUUUUGCAGAGGUUAGUAACAAAAGCAUGGAAUGGAUGGUACAUUGAGGAGGAGAUGUAUUUUCAUGUGCACCUGCCAUGCAUAGCUUUGUGUUUGUGUGGUUGAUGUGCUCUCAGUGUUAUCUCAAGGAAGAUGUAUCAAACUCAGACUUAUGUCUUUCUGGGUUUCUGGGUGUUUCACACUCUGCUAGUUCAAUGACUCUUGGACAAGCUAGGGCUGUAACCUACCAUGUAAGGACACUGAUACCUGGACAUGGUCAUUGUCGUUGUGGGCACGAGGAGCAAGACGGGCAAUUUUUGCAGGGGAUCAAAUACUUUCCCCCCUCACUGUAUCAAUGAAUGUAAUGUCAGAGGAACAAUGGCCGCAGUUGCUAGGUUGCUAAGGUCAUUGUGACACACCCUACGCGCCUCAUGAACAUGUCAGGUGAGCAAAGGUGAUUUGGCAAGAGAGAAGCUUCAUGCUUCUGUUGGCCAUUUUGUGACCGCUUCUAACAUUUCUGUAUUGAGACAGAGAGAGUGUGUGUGGCUGAGUGUGUGAGGGGGGGAAAUGUAAGUUGGAUUUCUUAGCUGAUUCUGCCUUCUGGUUCCAGCUUUGUCUAGGGCAGUCUGAGAGGAGCUCCUUUCUCCCCAGGCAAUGCAGGUUCUGUGCACAGCAUAGCUAGCGAUAGCAAAUAGUCAAUAAUCAUAACCAUGUUUACCACCACAGUGCCUUCCAGAUGUCCUUGGACUCCAACUCCCAUCAUCCCCAGCCAGCACAACCAGGGAUGAUGGGAGUUGUAGUCCAACAGUGUAUUAGCUUCCCCCUGCCCUGAUCUAAACCUUCAAGCACUUCCUUCACAAGAUAGCCUAUUUGCCUAUGAUAGCAAGCACAUGUGGCCCCGGUUCAGUCCAGGCGUGUUGAGUAGGAGGAUACUGCCAGCCUAUCUUCUCCCACUCUGUUUUAGGCUGUCAAAGCUUAAUGAAUGUUAGAAGGAUGCUGGAAAGAAGUUAUAUGACUUUAGCAGAAAUGUUAUAAAGAAUUAAGUAUGAAUAGAUUGACAACGGGUAAAGGUGCAAAACUUAAGGUUAAAUUGCGUUAAGAUAAAUUAUGGAACUAAAUUUGAGAAAGAGGGAAAGGACUUGCUGGAACAAUUAUUUGAACUAGAAUACAAAAAAGGAGGUAUGAGGAAGUCGAGGAAAUAAGCAAAUGAAAGAUAAGGAUAUGAAAAUACGAGGUCUUUUUUUGUUUUGUUUUGUUUUUCUAUUUUCCCUUCUAUUUUUUUAAAGGUUUGUGUUUUUUAAAUGUUUCUGUUUUUUCUUUUUUAAUGUUUUGAUGUACUGUUGAUGUUUUGUUUUAUUGUAUUUUCUUUUGUUUUUGAGGUUUUGUAACUGUUCAUUGCUUGUAUUUCUUUUUUUCUUUGUCUUUUUUUGUAAUUCUUAAACUCUAAUAAAUAUCUUUAAAAAAAAAAAAAAGGCUGUCAAAGCUGCAGAAGCUGUUUUCAAAGAGCAACUCCAAACAAGAUCUGGGGAAAGGAGGAAGCGACAGCCAGGAUGCUGCAGCUUCAUCGAAUGCCAAGCCCCAGGACCGGAGGUUUAAACAUUUCUAUAGCCAUAAGGAAAGCAGUGCGGGCGAAGUUGCGUUCUCUUCCCUUCCCAAGCUGAAAUGGUUCCAUCUGUCCAGGAGAAAGAACUCUAUCACGCUGAGGAAUUGGGAUAAACUAAGCACGUUCUGGAGCUGUUGUGGAACCCAAAAGGUCUGGUCCCAAGAAUGUAAGGUUCUGGAACCUAAGCAAGAGUCAAGGAGCUUGUCCACUGUUUUAGGUGAGGAGAUGCCCUGGGUUCUUGAGAGGGAUUCUGCACGGGAGGAGAGGGUUGGAGGAGAAAUGGAAUUACCUAGGAGGAGCCAGUGUGGUGUAGUGGUUAAGAGCAAUAGACUCGUAGUCUGGUGAGCUGGGUUCGCGUCUCCGCGCCUCCACAUGCACUUGCUGGGUGACCUUGGGUGAGUCACACUUCUCUGAAGUCUCUCAGCCCCACUCACCUCACAGAGUGUUUGUUGUGGGGGAGGAAGGGAAAGGAGAAUGUUAGCCGCUUUGAGACUCCUUCGGGUAGUGAUAAAGCGGGAUAUCAAAUCCAAACUCUUCUUCUUCUGCCUAAUUCACACUUUAUGAAACAAUAUGUGAACUGGAACACAACCAUCUUUUGAAAUUAACACUUCUCUGAAUUUUGCAGUAAAGUGUACAAAAAUGCAUGUACUAGGAUAAAGUAUGUAUACAAGUGUAUAUAUUAGUAGAGAUAAGAUACAAAUCUAUUGUGUUACAGUAACUUGCUUUAAAAAGAUGUGUCUACUUCAUACCUUGGUUUCCGCCUUGGAACUUGUACGUUUCAGCUCCCGAACAACUGAAAACUGGAAGUGAGUGUUCAGGUUUUCAAACGAUUUUCAGAAACUGAACGUCUGGUGUGGCUUCUGCAGCUUCUGAUUGGCUGCAGGAUGCUCUUGCAGCCAACUGGAAGUCGCGUCUUGGUUAUCAAACAGUUCUGGAAGUCUAACAAACUCAUGGAACGCAUUCUGUUCGAGAACCAAGGUACAACUAUAUUAGGAGAAAUUUGCACUAUAAUGUUAACAAAUUUCCCCGAGGACUUUAAAAACAAAAUUUGCAAACUGGUGUGGAAAUUUGGGGAACUGAAUUUAGGAUUAGAAAAAUGAGAAACUGAGAGAAACUGAAAUGGAUUCACCCAUCCCUAGGGUGGGUGAGGUGGAGGAUUUUAUGAAGAUGCCAGAGGCUUAGGGUGUUGUCAAGAAUGUGCAAAUUAUUCAACGAGAAGAAGCUAGGUCUCUUUCAAGAAGGUAAAGGUAAAGGGUCCAGUUGUGACUGACUCUGGGGUUGCAGCACUCAUCUCGCUUUAUUGGCCGAGGGAGCCGGCGUGCAGCUUCCAGGUCAUGUGGCCAGCAUGACUAAGCCGCUUCUGGCGAACCAGAGCAGCGCACGGAAACGCUGUUUACCUUCCCGCCAGAGCAGUACCUAUUUAUCUAUUUGCACUUUGAUGUGCUUUCGAACUGCUAGGUUGGCAGACGCAGGGACUGAGCAACAGGAGCUCACCCCGUUGCGGGGAUUCAAACCGCCAACCUUCUGAUCGCCAAGCCCUAGGCUCUGUGGUUUAACCCACAGUGCCACCUGCGUCCCAUUUCAAGAAGGUAGGAUAUACUAAUAAGACGGUAGGAGAUACUAAUAUGCCUUCCUGUUCUCUGUUUACCCCUCUCAAUUCCUAGAUUCAACAUCAACAAGCCUCAACCACUUCUCCACCUCCUCUGUCUUUUCAUCUACUUCCAACGGGUCGGAUGUGAAUGACAGCAUUGAACUAGAUGGUGAUGCCGUCAACAUCAUCCUCAAGCGCAUGGAGGAGGAAGACAAGGUACAAGACCCCUCAGUACAUGAUGCUUCCUGCACAUGGUGCGCACCGACCCCUCUUGCUCUCCGGGCUUCAAAGAUAGCUGCCUGAAGCUUCCGGAGCGCAGCGGGAGUUCCUGCUGCGCUCCGGAGGCUUCGGGUUCCUUUCGCUGAAGCCAGGAGAGUCUUGCUCUCCAGACAUCAGCAAAAGGAACCCAAAGGCAAAAGGAACCCGAGGCUAUCUGGAGAGCAAGGUCUCCAGAUAGCCACCUGAAGCCUCCGGAGCGCAGUGGGAGCUCUUGCCACGCUCUGGAGGCUUCAGUUUCCUUUCGCUGAAGGGUAGGUGCCCCUUCAGCUAAGGCGCAGCGCCCCUUCAGCUAUGCGGGAGGAGAAAUGGAAGGGGCUCCGUUUCUCCUGCCACUUCGCUGAAGGGGAGCUGUGCAGAGAGGGGGAUAAUUUUUUUUUCUUGUUCUCCCCCUCUAAAACAAGGUGCGUCCUAUGGCCGGGUGUGUCCUAUAGAGCGAAAAAUAUGGUAAGUUGGAUGCUAGUAGCAGCUCUUACUGUAAUAUCCUUGCCAGGUUGUUGUCAAGUCUGGUAGAGCUGGCCCAGAAACAAGCAUGUUUUGGCCAAAUGAACACAAACACAUCACCAGUAAUGUAGAGUCUUGUGACUGGGUAGUGGAGCAUGUGCACAAGAUUCCUGGGACAGAUAACGGAGCCGAGAUCUGAGGACUUAACCAGGAAAGGAGUACUUGCUAAAAGGAAAUAGUAUACAAGAUUACAUUCACCUUACUGAAGGUUCUCCCAGAAGGGAGAGAGUGAAACAGCCACACCCAGAGAGGAUGAGAAUAGGGGGUUUGGGUGAGAAGUGACCAGAAAGAUGGGGCAGGAGGGAGGAUGAGUGAAAGAGAGAGCUUUUACCUAGCCUUGAGUUUGCCGAGAUGCACAGAGGGAGGGAGGGUGAGCAGGCUCCACAGGGGCAGGCUUGGACCCAUGCGGGAAGGUCAAGAGUCCCAGGCAGCAGUGGGGCAUCCACCAAGCAGGAGAAAAUAAAUCUAGCCACAGUAGGAAUCAUAGAAUCAUAGAGUUGGAAGAGACCACAAGGGCCAUCGAGUCCAACCCCCUGGCAAGCAGGAAACACCAUCAGAGCACUCCUGACAUAUGGUUGUCAAGCCUCUGCUUAAAGACCUCCAAAGAAGGAGACUCCACCACACUCCUUGGCAGCAAAUUCCACUGUCGAACAGCUCUUACUGUCAGGAAGUUCUUCCUAAUAUUUAGGUGGAAUCUUCUUUCUUGUAGUUUGGAUCCAUUGCUCCGUGUCCGCUUCUCUGGAGCAGCAGAAAACAACCUUUCUCCCUCCUCUAUGUGACAUCCUUUUAUAUAUUUGAACAUGGCUAUCAUAUCACCCCUUAACCUCCUCUUCUCCAGGCUAAACAUGCCCAGCUCUCUUAGCCGUUCCUCAUAAGGCAUCGUUUCCAGGCCUUUGACCAUUUUGGUUGCCCUCCUCUGGACACGUUCCAGUUUGUCAAUGUCCUUCUUGAACUGUGGUGCCCAGAACUGGACACAGUACUCCAGGUGAGGUCUGACCAGAGCAGAAUAUAGUGGCACUAUUACUUCCCUUGAUCUAGAUGCUAUACUCCUAUUGAUGCAGCCCAGAAUUGCAUUGGCUUUUUAGCUGCCGCGUCACACUGUUGGCUCAUGUCAAGUUUGUGGUCAACCAAGACUCCUAGAUCCUUUUCACAUAUACUGCUCUCAAGCCAGGUGUCCCCAUCUUGUAUUUGUGCCUCUCAUUUUUUUGCCCAAGUGCAAUACUUUACAUUUCUCCCUGUUAAAAUUCAUCUUGUUUGUUUUGGCCCAGUUCUCUAAUCUGUCAAGGUCGUUUUGAAGUGUGAUCCUGUCCUCUGGGGUGUUAGCCACCCCUCCCAAUUUGGUGUCAUCUGCAAAUUUGAUCAGGAUACCCUUGAGUCCAUCAUCCAAGUCAUUGAUAAAGAUGUUGAAUAAGACCGGGCCCAAGACAGAACCCUGUGGCACCCCACUAGUCACUCUUCCACUGGGCAGAAACAUAGGAAGAUACAGGGCCGGCCCACCCGUCAGGCAAGAUGAGGCGACUGCCUCAGGUGGCAGGAUCCACAGGGGCUGCAGAUCUGGCCUCCCAAGGAAUGCACAGUGACACAGACUUAUUUUCUUUCUCAUGGAGGGUUGUGUAGCUAUAACCAUAAAAAAGGAAUGAACUGUUUUCGCUACAAAGUGGGAACGCAAGAUCCCAGUUACCCUCUUCUGAGCUCAUCACUUUCUAGUUUUGUAGCGUCUCUGAGCAGUUGUGAAAUAGGUGGGUUAAUUCUGCAGUUCAGUUCUCAUUCCGAGCCAACCAGGAAGGAUGUCUAGGACACAUCAAGAAAGGCGCGAUAAUGCCCUCUCCUAAUAGCCCCGGUUCUCUCUCAACUUACAGAGCAAACAGGAUGAGAACGGGGACAUUAGUUUCCUCAGCGCCAUCUCCGCUUUAUGCAUCGCUACACAGCAUAAACGACGGAACAAACUGAAACUUCUGUACACCAAAGACGAAUUAACAGAGGCUGUCGUGGUAAGUGAGGUGCAGAAAUCCAGUAAGGAGGUGGCAGAUAGCCAGUAGAUGAGAGGCACGAGGUCUGGAUUUGGGGUUAGUUCUGUGGAAAUAAAGUGCGGAAGGACUAUGAAACCAUUUGGAAUAGGGUCACCAAAUCCACUUGAAAACACCCUACGGGCAUGCAGUUGUAAUUCCUUCCCCAAGGUGUUAUGCAGAGGACCUCCUUGCUAAGCUUGCUUGGGACUCCCUUGUCUCUGUAUUUCUCUGUAUUUGCAUUUGUCUCUGUGUCUGAAACCCAUGUUUCAGCAACAAGUCCUUCUGGGGUAAUAGGUGGCUGGGGGAAAUUGAGUUGGCUGUUAGGGAAACCUCUACUCUGUGCCACUCUUGGCUCUGUUCCUGACAGAGGACAGACAGUUAAUCAGUAUGGCAGAGCUGGCCCAGUCUUUAUUUGGAUGGUGAAGCAUUCCCCUCAAGUUCUGAAGGUGGGAAAACAAAGCUAGGACUUCCCCAAAGAGGUUUCUAUUCAAAGAAGAAGAAGACAAAGCACAGCCAUGUUUCUGAAAACCAUCCCAGAAAAGAGGGGUGGAAAAUGAGCCAAUUAAAAACAAUAAACUAAAAUAAAAAACCGACCAAAUUACAGUCCAAAUUAUUAAUUAUGAAUUUUUUUUUCGGGCUCCCCAUAGUCUGGACCUCUGAAGUGUAUCUCCAAUAUCUCCGUUCCUGCCGCCUCUUGUUGUUUUCAUAUUCUCCGCAUUCCGAUCUUAACACUUUAAAGUUCUCCGUCCCUGGCUAUGUGAUUCUCAAUCAUGUCAGAAAUCAUAUAUCCUUUCAUCCAUUGAGUACAGCUUUAUUUGUGUAUAUAUAUUUCUUUCAACUGUCUAUUUACCAGCACAGCUUUUCCUGACUUUAUUCCAAUCUUCCAAUCCGGACUAUUGUCCAAGUCUAUCGUCUGAAGUUUAAUGACUCAGCAACUCCCAAGUUGUUAAAUCAUUCCACUCCGGGCUGUUGUCCAAGCCUUUCGUUUGAAAUUUAAUGGCGUAGUAACUUCCACGUUGUUAAGUUGUUACUGUAAAUUGUUGAGCAUACUGUUUGCAAUAUUGCAAUGUAAAUGAACUGUAUUCCACAGAUAUAAGUUAUCUGGCGAUCGAUCAGCCUUCCUGGAGACCACACAAUCCCCCCCUUUGGGACCUAGAAGGGGAGUUGCUAGACAUCCAUUCAGCCCUCUCUCUCACUCAUAAAGGAUGGAUUAUGAUAUGGAUAUGUUAAUUGGCUGUUUUUAUUGGAAAAUCAAUAAAAAUGAUUUAAAAAGAAAAAAGAAAAUGAGUGGUGGGUGGGUGACAAAAUGGUGUGUGUGAGAGAGGUCAUUUUGCUUCUAAGUUGCCUUGAGAAUAAUUUGAUAGAAAGAUGGGGUAUAAAUUAUUAAAAUGAAUUUAAAAAGUGGGGAGGCCUAAAGUGACUCUAAGGCUAUUCAGCAGCAUUCCUGCAUUGAUGGGGGGGGGGAGGGAGAUGAAAGAUCAGAUGGUUGGAAGGGAGAAACAGAGAGAGUUUCUAUAUCCUUAAGUCUGCUAAAAUGCACAGAGGAAAGCAGGGAAAUGAGGAAUUCUCGACGGCAGGCUUAGAUCCAGGCAGGAGAUUUUCCAGGGAAAGGAGGUGGAGAGUCUAGGGACCCUCUUUGUAAAGGGAGCAUCUGAUGCUUUAUGGGUGCUUUGGGUAAAUGGCCAGAAAGGAAUGCAGGUUUUUGCUUGCCUGUUGGGCUAAUACGGGUCGUGAGACAAGACAGAGGUGCGGGGACAAAAUGGGAGUAUACUGGUAACGGGCUCGUGAAUGAGAAAGUGCUUAGAUGAAACCAUUUGGGAUGAGAGUGCCCCAUUGAAAUCUGUGGAAAGAGGUCAUUCACCUGCUCUGUUCUGGCCCUUGGUCUCUUCCAGGUGGUGAUGGAGAAGCUCCCGGUUCACUCUGUGCCCACAUCAGUUCUACCGUGCUGCAUGGUGGCCAUUUACAACUUGAGGUAUGCCUCUUGAAGACCAGGGAUUCCUGAUCCUGAUCCUACUAAGAAGCAAUUAGCGCGUGCGAAGACCGUUGUAUUUGUGAUGAAUGAGGGUAGAAAAUAAUGUAUUUCCAGGAAAGCAGAUGCCACACGGUAAACGGCCCGGGAGUAGCCUAGACAAUCGGAUACAAUAGGUCAAAGACUUUCUAAACAGAAAUGGCUGAAAGUGUAGCCUUUUCAGGCUUUGCCCAUGGAUUGGAAGAGCAUUGCGCCCGGGAGAGGGAAGUGGGAGUCAAGCAGACACUCAAGGGUUGAUCCAGAGAAAGAGCUUUAUUGCUACCAUCUGGGCUGGUAGAAGGAGCAAGCGUGAUAACCCACAAGCUUAGCACGAGUUCACAGCCAUUUGCACAGAGCAUAUAUUCCCCUCUAGUUCCCUCCCCCUUCUCCCCCUCCUCAGGAGUCUUGCCUCAUGAGUUUCCCUGAGCAUGAAAAGAAAGCUCCUGUCUUGGGACUCUUGGUGCCCUUCCCAGGAAAGGGGGUUGAGAAGCCAAGGGGGUUGAGGAGCCUUGUGUUUCAGCGUGUCCACGAUUUGUUGCAACUGGGUGAGAUAAGACUCAGUUCCCAGGCCUGCUUAUUCUUGGCAUUGACAGAGCCUAUUCAUUAGCUUUUUGAAGCUUUCUUGUGCUGAUAAAAAUAGAAUCAUAGAAUCAUAGAGUUGGAAGAGACCACAAGGGCCAUCGAGUCCAACCCUCUGCCAAGCAGGAAACACCAUCAGAGCACUCCUGACAUAUGGUUGUCAAGCCUCUGCUUAAAGACCUCCAAAGAAGGAGACUCCACCACACUCCUUGGCAGCAAAUUCCACUGUCAAACAGCUCUUACUGUCAGGAAGUUCUUCCUAAUGUUUAGGUGGAAUCUUCUUUCUUGUAAUUUGGAUCCAUUGCUCUGUGUCCACUUCUCUGGAGCAGCAGAAAACAACCUUUCUCCCUUUUCUAUGUGACAUCCUUUUAUAUAUUUGAACAUGGCUAUCAUAUCACCCCUUAACCUCCUCUUCUCCAGGCUAAACAUGCCCAGCUCCCUUAGCCGUUCCUCAUAAGGCAUCGUUUCCAGGCCUUUGACCAUUUUGGUUGCCCUCCUCUGGACACGUUCCAGUUUGUCAGUGUCCUUCUUGAACUGUGGUGCCCAGAACUGGACACAGUACUCCAGGUGAGGUCUGACCAGAGCAGACUACAGUGGCACUAUUACUUCCCUUGAUCUAGAUGCUAUACUCCUAUUGAUGCAGCCCAGAAUUGCCUAUGCAGCAGCAUCUUGUGAGAAAGCAGAGAAGAGCAGAGAAAAGCUGAAGCUGUGGGUUUUUAGAAGAGAGAAAGGGGAAAUUUGGUUUUGAGGCCUGGGGUGACUUCGGGCCUAGGUGGGGUCACCUGUCCUCACCUCCUUCAAAAGAAGUGGGGAGGCUGGUACUCUGAGAGGCUCCAGAGAGGAGGAACUGACUCCCCUUGGAAGUGCCCACACAGAUCUUAGAAGGCAUUUGUUUUCUCCACACCUUGGGAAAUAUAGUCUCCAAGCCCAAGGAGGGGAGCCUGGUCUCCUUCCGUCCUCAGUGCACAUCCUGGCGUUUGGGAUCUGAAGUCCUGUGCUUCUCAAGUCCCAGGAGGAGCCUCCCUGCGGGAGAUUAGGAAAUUCUGGCAGUGCAUAAUCUAAUACUUUUUCCUCCACCCCACCAGUAAAAUCAAGCCUCCACUUGAUCCAGAACUGGAGUCGUGUGUCUUGCGGUUGGCUAUGCAUGGGGUUUUCACGAUGGACAUUGGGACUGGGGGUGCCACCAAACAGGUAGGCAGCGGUGGGCCACCACCUUGGAUGGCUUUGAAAGAGGAUUGGAUAAAUUCACAGAGAAGAGGGCUGUCAAACUGCUGCCAGCCGUGACGGCUGAGCUCUGCCUCCCCACUUGGGAGGCCGCCAUGCUUCCAAAUACCAACUGCUGGAAAGGGGAAGAGUGCUCUUGUGCUCAUGUUCUGCUCCCUGGUUCCCACAGGCAUCUGGUUGGCCACUGUGAGCACAAGGAUACUGGCCUAGAUGCUCUUAUGUAGGUAAAUUCUUGUUGAACCCACGAACCAUGGGGUUGCCAGUAUGGCAUUCCCUGGCACCCACAGGGCCAUCUCCUCGGCCUCUUAUUGAAAUUAGACUUGAAAGAAGCAUUCUAUUGUACCCAAUAGAAUAGGCUGCAGUAUGUGUUGUUCCCACAGUUGUUACUCCUAUUCACGUUUGCGCCCACAUGCCCCCCCAAAUUAGUGACCCCUACAGUACUAUGUCAGGGGACGCGGGUGGCACUGUGGUCUAAACCACAAAGCCUAGGUCGGCAGUUCGAAUCCCCGCGACGGGGUGAGCUCCCGUUGCUCGGUCCCUGCUCCUGCCAAUCUAGCAGUUUGAAAGCACGUCAAAGUGCAAGUAGAUAAAUAGGUACCGCUCUGGCGGGAAGGUAAACGGCGUUUCCGUGCGCUGCUCUGGUUCGCCAGAAGCGGCUUAGUCAUGCUGGCCACAUGACCUGGAAGCUGUACGUCGGCUCCCUCGGCCUGUAGAGCGAGAUGAGCGCACAACCCCAGAGUCGUCCGCGACUGGACCUAACAGUCAGGGGUACCCUUACCUUUACCUUUACAGUACUAUGUCAAAUACAUACUUGAUUCCUUAUCUUAUUCAUUUGUUAAUAAUAAUUUUUAUUAAUUUUCUAAUUUACAUUUUAAAAUAUUCCUUUAAACAAUAUUUUUUUGAAAUCAUUUUUAUUUAAUUUUACAAAUAUAAAUUUAUAACAAAACCAAAUAUCCAUAUAGCUCUCACGACCCCCACCAUCCCCUCCAUGGGUCCUAAUGUCAACAUUUUCAACUGCAUAUUAUAUCAAUCCAUUAUAUCUGUCCAUAUUGUCCAUAGUAGUUGUUACAAUACAAGUGUGAUUAAAAUGCUGCUCAUGUUUUCAUCCGCUUGCAGUGAUCUCCUAAGUAAAUUUUAAAAAGUUCCCAGUAAAUAAAUCCUUUUUGUUGUCUUGUUCCCUGAGUUUUCCGGUCAGUUUUGCCAUUCCUCUCUGGUAGGGAUUUGUUCUUCUUUAAACAAUCUUACAUGAGUGUCUUCCCUUCUUCUCCUUCUGUGGUUCAGUUUGGUUCUGGGGUACAUCCCUGCAUAUUUUACAUAAUCCAAACCAUUCAGUAUUCCAAUAUUGCAUUCAUCAAACUUACUUGCACUGUUGAAUUUAUCUUAACGCUACCAGCGUUUUCACAUGUGCACAAUUUUCAGCCAUAUAUUCAAUAAACAUUGCCCAGUCUUCUUUAAAUGUGUGCUCUGAUUCCUUAUCUUAUUUGAAUCCCUCGUAGUUUGCCUUCGGGGUGCAUCGGGCAAAGUUCUGUGCCCCUCAACAAGGCACAAAGAGGCUAGAAAGUGGGUCUUGGUUAUAGCUCACAUCAUCAUCAUCAUCAUCAUCAUCAUAAAUUAUUUAUACCCGCCCAUCUGGCUGAGUUUCCCCAGCCACUCUGGGCGGCUUCCAAUCAAGUGUUAAAAACAAUACAGCAUUAAAUAUUAAAAACUUCCCUAAAAGGGCUGCCUUCAGAUGUCUUUUAAAGAGAAGACAGUAGCUUAUUAUCUUGACAUCUGAAGGGAGGGCGUUCCACAGGGCGGGUGCCACUACCGAGAAGGCCCUCUGUCUGGUUCCCUGUAACCUCACUUCUCGCAAUGAGGGAACCGCCAGAAGGCCCUUGGCGCUGGACCACAGUGUCCAGGCUGAACGAUAACAGUGUGUUAUCUGUGGAACCACUUCUAGUGAGAGGUUCUCCCUUUGAUGGCCAGACCUCAACGGCUCUGUGAUUAAGCCUAUUUGCAGGCAUGCUUUGUUGGGGAGAAAAUCCAGCUCUCACGCAGGGAUUUCCCUUUUCUUCCAGGCGCUGUAUAGAACAACUUCAGCGACACUCGAAAUCCUGCUCAGGUCAUUAUUAGCAGAGGAUCCGACCACCAAGCAUCUGCUGAGGAUCUUAAAAGUAAGUGCGUCAAAGAGAAAUUGCGGCAAAGGAAGGCCUGGUAGGGAGAUAUCGCAACCUAAGCAACAGUUGGUCUGCAAAAUCACCCACCAUGCAUUAUUGUAGGGUUUCCUCCAUUGGCAGAGUUUGGGCAUAAUAUUGUGAUUUCCAGGCCCAUGAAUAACUGACUGCACCAAGACAGGUUUCAAAACAAAGAUUCAGGCGAGAAACGACCAAGUAGACUAAUAUCUCCCAGUCCAGUCUAUUAGGAGGUAUUAUUUUCUCCCUUGGGCACUCGGAGCCACUUACACACUCAUAGAAUCAAAUAGUGGUUAAGCUUCAGGGUGCAGCUGAGAGAUUAUACCCUAGCAGAGCUGGCCCUGCCAUUAGGCAGAGUGAAGUAGCUGCCUCAGGCAGCUGGCUUUGGCCUUCACAGAAUGGCAACGAAUAGUCUUUCAAUUUAUUUUUAUUCUAUUAUGUUUAUUUAUUAUUAUUUUAUUUUCACAAAGUAAUAACCAUUCAUAAAUGAGAAUAAAAAUGUGCACCCAACCACUGAGACCAUUCCAUUGUAACUAUCCCACCUCCCAAAAUUUCAACACCCCUUUCCGUUUUAACAGUACUAAUUCUACAAACACCCUCCAUAUCUCCUCAAAAUCAAUGCUAUUGGCAUAUUCCCCAGUUUACCUUAAUGGCACAUUAAAUUAACAAUUAAGAUUAUUCUAUUUUUAUUGCCAGGGAAGGGCGCUCGUUCUUUUCUACCUUGACUGAGGAGUAGGACAGCACUAUCUGCUGCCCCGCCUCAGAAAACCAAAUAGCUGCUCUCCUAUAAUAUUUAUUUUUAAAAAAUGCUUGAACACAGAAAAUUAGUGGGUUUAGGAGGAUUCUGUCAGGCCUUAUCCCUGGCAUAUGUGGCCACAUGCUAUGUUAUGUACUGAGUUGAAUAGGAUCCAAAAUGCAACAGUCUGAUUGGUCCUAGAACAAUAGGAUUCAGAAUGCAGCAGUCUGAUUGGUCCUCAGGAGCCACCCAAUCCAGCUCCAGGUGGAAGUGAUUGGCCUACAGGUGAAUCCCAGAAUUAGCCAAUCACAUGGGGCCCAUUGUGUAAAUAAUGUAUAUAAAGCAGACAACCUGGGGGAACUUUCAUUCCUCCUCACCACUAUGAGCUGAAUAAAGAGCAUGAAAUCCACUCUCGACAUCAAGUAUAUUUCAUGCUAAUAGGGUACAUCCAAGCUAAAAUGCCACGUUAUUCAUCAGGCACGAAGCAUUGUAAGUCCACCACAAAUCGUCCAGAGAUAAAACAGUAGAUCCUGAUCUACUUCCUGCCCAUUCCUGAACUAAGGCAUAUCUAUGAAGCAGAACAAUUCAUCCUAGGAGAACUCAUGUGUCAGAUGCACAACCUUCCAACAUUUUGGUUGGUCCUAAAAACAAAACAAAAAACCCCACUGCUUGUGGAUUUUGGAUUAUGGAUCACUGCUGCUUUCUUUGUUUUGAGCAAAAGGGUUGCAUGAGACGUUGUACCAGUGCAAUAUUCCUGAGGUGUUGCUUCCUCCUGCAGCACAUCCAUUUUUGGAUACACUCGAAAUACAAAGUGGAGAGAAUCAGAGCUAUCAAAAGCAGUGCUGCGCUCCUACGUUUUGCUGUCCUUAUGCCAGAUUUUGAUGUAAGUGUGACCUCAUAUGCUGCCCCCUUUUGCUCUAGGGAGCAAAUGUGAGAGCUGGGCUUUGUUGGCUACAACUGAUUUUUAGAUUUAUCCCGCCCUCCAGAGCCAAUUCAUAUUGAGAGCUGAAUGUUAUUUUCAAUAUCUUAGUCUUAGAGGAAUAGGAGAGGGGAAAGCCAAUAAUUGAAGGGGUGGCGGCAGCUAGGAAUGGCUUUGUUAGCAUGAGACCAGCAUGCUCUUCUUGGGUCCCUUUGAGUGAUAGCCUGUAUCUCGCAGGGAUACGGGUGGUGCUGGGGUCUAAACCACUGAGCCUCUUGAGCUUGUCGAUCAGAAGCUCGGUGGUUCGAAUCCCCACAAUGGGGUGAGUUCCCAUUGCUCUGUCCCAGCUCCUGCCAACCUAGCAGUUUGAAAGCAUGCCAGUGCAAGUAGAUAAAUAGGUACCGCUCCGACGGGAAAGCAAACUGCAUUUCUGUGCGCUCUGGUUUCCGUCACAGUGUCCCGUUGUGCCAGAAGCGGUUUAGUCCUGCUGGCCACGACCCGGAAAGCUGUCUGUGGACAAACGCCGGCUCCCUCGGCCUGAAAGCUGAGAUGGGUGCCACACCCCAUAAUCGAAUUUGACUGGACUUAACUAUCCCAGGGGUCCUUUACCUUUUUACCUCUCUGCUCCCAUCCACACCACUGGGUUCUUCCUGGCAUUCCUAGUUGAUAGGUGCAUUGGGGGUCCUCUUUUGGCUUGAACUGUGUGGAUUUGCUGUUCUGGCAAAAUACACAGAGGCCCUACAUCCAUCUUCUCAGAGUCCCAUCCAAAGGACAUAGACGAGGCUAUGUUCUCUGGACGCAUCUGUUUAUCCUAGUCCAUAGCUGUCAACCAUCCCUUAUUUGGCGGGAAAGUCCCUUAUCCCAGCGCCAUGUCCCGCUGCUGUCCCUUAUUGAUGAUGUCCCUUAAAUUUCCCGGGUUUCAAAGGAAGCAGCUCCUCUCCCUCCCUCCCGGCCAGGGAGGAGGGAGGCUCCAAUUGUGUUGCUUGGCUGCAUUGCUCACCCAAUAAGGAGUCUAAGAACAACUGGUGGGUGGAGCUUGCAUGCCUUGUGCCGAUCAAAUCGGCCGUGUUGCUUGGGGACUCGCCUUUGCUCAGCGCUUCCCAGUGGAGAGGCAACGGUGGUUUUCCUUGCUGCAUCCCCUUUGCUGGGUUGCUGCGCUGUGGGGACCACCGCUUGAGGCUUCGUUUGGCUGCUGGCUGGGCUUUCUGCCUUUGGCUCGGAGGGGCUCAGAAGUUGAACAUACCUGUGCUCUGAAAAUCCCUUAUUUUGGCUGCUGAUCCCUUAUUUUCGAGGCUGCUGGUCCCUUAUUUUCAAAUCUGUAAGUUGACAGCUAUGACCUAGUCUGCCCAUUUUGGAGAUGCAAAGUAUUAUUUUAAGAGUUUCUGAGAAGCGCUUAGAUUUUGAGGUGAGGCGUACACAUUAAAGAUAGAGAGGAUCUGACAGAGAAGUGGGGAACAAAAAUCUCUCUGGUUUUCCUUCUUGCUAGGCUACUUGCAAACUCCCAGAACUGGGGCACCAUGUGGCAGAGCUGGCAAUUUGUAUUGGGGACCCCCAAGCAGCAGUCAGCCGACAUGCCAAGGAGAGUAUCUUCCGUCUCUACGAGCUGCUCCUGCACCAGAAAGGCAAGUAAGCUGGAAAAGUUGCAACAACAGUUCCAUGCUUAAAUAUGAUGGAAUACAUUAAACACCUUAGUUUUACGCGCUAGUGAAAUAUGAUUAGAACCUCUGGUCUCAGUUCAUAGUGUGUUUUCCCAUUAAUAUCAGUUGAGUCUCAUGUUGACUCUCUGGUAAUGGUGCAUUUCCCGCAAAGUUGACUCAGCGGGGAAGAAAGAAGCUGUUGUCUUGUUCAGUUGUAUUUCACAAUGUUAUACUCUCCCCCCUUUGCCAGUAAGAGAGCCCACCCUUUGAGCAAAGAUGGUGGGAGAUCAGCAUGCAAGAGCAUUUGACAUUCCUCCAUAUAAGCCAGAAUUUGACCUUCGUUUCUUGAGUCUUGCCUCAGAGGCUGAUACCAGAAUGAGACGUGAGGUUGCCAGAGAAAUUCCCUUGGAGGGAAUUCUCGAGGUGGAUCUUGCAAACAUCUUCAUAAAAAAAGUUAUGGAAUAUCAUCCAAAGGAAACACAAAGGCCUAAAUUCGUUUUCAUUCGUUCAUUUAAAUAUUUAUAAUCUUGACCAAGGUGGUGAACAAAUUGUAAGAACAGGUAUCCAUCAAAGUACGUAGUUGUGCUCUGGCAGAGUCUUCUGCCUGCACUACAGGACUUCCUCACCUUCUCCUCUACCUGUGUGCCCCCUAAAUCUGUUUCUGGGGGCUUCCCUAAUGCUCCGGAGGAGACUGGGGAGGGCACAAGGGGUGUACAGGAACGAGAGAGAGAGGAGGAAGUCCUGUUGCGCAACAAGACAUCCUUGUUCUAAUGGGACUACUUUGUUGACUACUGCUCAUAAAAAAUACAAUAAAAAAUAGAAUUUUAAGGAACCAGCUGGAUGUUAACAUAUAAUCUCACCAGUCUAAAAAAUGUUUCCAAAGCCAUCAGAAUAAAUUAUGUCUGAAAAGCCCUAAACCCAGAAAUGGGGAGCCUGUGGCUCUUCCAGAUAUUGUUAAAGAGUCCUAUCCCCAGGAACCCCAGCCAGCAUGCCCAGUGGUCAGUCGCAACAUGUAGCUCAACAAUACUUGAAGACGACAAAAUUAAUGGACUAUGCAGAAUUGGACAAAAUGACAGGAAGGAUUCGAAACCUGAAGGACCAGAGAUUUACAGAAGAUUGGAAGAAGUAUAUGAAUUAUUUGAGGAGCAACUGUAAUCAACAAAUUACGCUAGUAGGACUACAAGACGUUUUGUAAGGAGAACUAUGCGAAGUGUUACAAAGUAGAAAAAGAUAGAGAUAUUGGUUAUGAGUUUGAAAUGUAAUAGGGAAGAUAAGAAAUGCAUACUGAGAGGUUAGAUUGGAAAAUUUUCAGACAGGAUUGAUGGAAGCCAAAAAUUUGAAUAAGAUGUAAAAGUAUGUUUAAUUACUCUUGAAAAUGAUAUGUUUUAAAAAAAACCUAAUAAAAAUUAUAUUAAAAAAAAACACACAAUACUUGAAGGACCACAGGUUUCCCAUCCCUGCCCCAAACCUUAAAGUAUGGAAUUACAAAGCUUUUAACUCCUGGUGUCUUACUGUCAGGGAUACGGAUGAAUAAUGCCAAAGAACUCUGGUGCAGGAGGUACCAAGAAGAGAAGAAGAUGCUCUCUUACAUAAACAUGAUGAAAGUUGGAGAGGUAAAGGUGUCCCUUCGAUGCUAGAAGCCCCUUUCAAUAUGAAACCACUCACGUGGUUUCUUGCUCUACCUGAGAAAUGUGGGUUGCUUUCUUUUACCCUUCUCUGCCUCCAGGAAACACCAGGAUCAGCUUAAGGGGUUGUUGGCAGAAUUGUGUGAAGAGUCACAUUGGGAGAUAUGAUUGCAAUGCAGUCCUUGACAGCAUCAUGGGCAGACGGGACAACAUCCUGUCUCAAGGAUGUCAAAGUUGUGAUAAUAGAGAGAGGGAAAGAAGAAGCAGGGAUCAUUCAAUGAACAUGCAGCAAUCCAAAGAUUGCUUCAUUUUGGUUUCUUUGCUUUUAGGUGUUUGGGACGUUCUUCAAUGAACAACAAAGAAGAUCCUUUCUAAGAACAGCUUUGUUAGCUAUUUAUAGUCCGGACCGGCGGGUCAGUGAAGCAGGGAUCCUCCUUGUUUAUUCUAUCCUUGGGAAUGCAGAAGAACUAAUGGAUGUGGAGGUGAGUUACUAAAUUAAGCUUUCUGUGAAAAAGUAUAUUAUAAAGGACAAAUCUUCUUUCAGGAUGAAAAAAAAAAGACUUCUGACUGUUUUGGGAUUCCCCUCACCCCUCAAUCUCUCCAGGAAAAACAAGUAAAGAAAAAAAUAUGGCAUCAGCUCCACAAAUUUCGAGUUUGCAAUGAGUUGCCUGUGGCGGUACAAAGCCUCUCUGCAAGCAAAGGUAAUGUCUAUUUCCAGUUACGGGGAACACUACCAAAGAUAUGGAAUAAUUACAAGCUGUAAUUAUCUACUUAUAAAAGACCACUAUCCACAGCUUCAACCAGUCUCUUAAGACACAAAUUGCCUAAAUUUAUUGUUGUAUUGUGUGUGAGCCGGAUAGGGGAGGAAUUAGAUUCGGUGUGCAAUUAAAGGCGAAUCUAUCUAAUUCACACUUUUCAAAACAGUUGAAAUUCAGUUUCUCCAAACUUUGCAGUGCCAUUUUCUGGCCACUGUUGUAAAUAAAAACUGCCCUUUCCCCUUAUGGGGUAUCCAAGAGCCCAUAUAGAGUCCUUACAUAGGUUCCCUAUUGGUAGGAGAAAAUAACAGAGGCCAACCAGAGAAUAUUGAGAAGCAAAGCAGCUAGUAAGCUUGAUCUUUAUUGAUCUGUUGCAACAGGGUGCUCCCCUCACCCGCAGGAGAGAGGAGGAACCCAGAAAAAUGGCUUAUAAAGACUUUUGAAAUUGCCACCCUGUAGAUCAAGACCACCCCCAGAAACAUCAUACAUACAUCACAGAAAAGGCGGUCUAAACAGAAAUUUGAAUGUUGUUUUUCUCCUGUCUGGCAGGUUACUUGAUUGGAUUGCCUGGGGAGCCUGGCCAAUCUUUUGUAAUGAUAAAUACUUAGUUCCUGGGCCAUGUCACAGGCUCAUACCCUAUUCAAACACAGACAUACCCUUAAGACAGGAUUUGUGAAGGAAAAGACAAUGGGGAGGCUUUUCCACUUUGACCUUGCAGAGAAAACAUUUGCUCAGUUUAGGAAUCAAAAUGGCUUCAGGUCGGUCUUCCUGUGCUGAUCUAUGUAUGUGCGGUUAUGAACAUUACCAUAUAUCUAAGACCUCAAAAUUCCUAACACACCACGCAAUGUGUACUAAAAGGUAUGCACUCAGGUAAAGUGUGCAUAAAAAUGCAUGCCUGCUAACAUCAACCCAUAACCGAUGCGUCCACAUUUUAGCACCAAUCCACAGUGGCCAACUGGUUAGAGGUUUGGACUAGAACCAACGAGAGCCGGGUUCAAACCUCCAGUCAAGUCUGUGGGUGACCUUGGGCCAAUCAUUCUCUCUCCACCUAAUUUACCAUUUGUGAUCUCCUUGAAGGGGUGGGGUGAUGUUGAUGAUCUAUACGGACCCCUCCCAAACAUUUUCCUAAGUCAAAUGAAGCUGGUAUAAUUCAAUCUGCCUUCUCUUCGUUUCCACUCAGGUGACGUGCUGAUGGAGGAUCUUGAUGAUUACGUACAGUUGUAAAACAACCGCCCACAUCUCUCCACUUUCUGUCCCCCUCCCCCCUUCCUUUCUCCCUCCCUCCCUCCCUUUCUUCCUUAUGUUUUCUCCAGGUGGCUAUGUGGGGCCAGAGCUUUUGGGUUUCACAGGAUCUCCAGAGCUCGCUUAAAAGAAAAAAAAACAUUUCCCCUAUUCUCCACGGAGAUGGAUUUUCUUCCCUCUGGACAGAUGGAACAGCUUCCUUUUGGGAAGAGGUGAGAGCACGAUUUUUCUCUUUCAUCUUUUGGCUUGCGAGUGUUUCAUCCCUUCUGUGGGAGGUGUCCAAACCUCGUCAUUCUGUGGGCAUUCUGUGGGUUAAACCACAGAGCCUAGGACUUGCCGAUCAGAAGGUCAGCGGUUCGAAUCCCUGCGAUGGGGUGAGCUCCCGUUGCUCGGUCCCUGCUCCUGCCAACCUAGCAGUUCGAAAGCACGUCAACGUGCAAGUAGAUAAAUAGGUACCGCUCUGGCGGGAAGGUAAACAGUGUUUCCGUGCGCUGCUCUGGUUCGCCAGAAGCGGCUUAGUCAUGCUGGCCACAUCACCCGGAAGCUGUACACCGGCUCCCUCGGCCAGUAAAGCGAGAUAAGCACCGCAACCCCAGAGUCGGCCAUGACUGGACCUUACCUUUUAGCAUAUUGGAUGCUGCUGCUGCUUCCUCCUCCUGGGUCACGUUCAGAGUUGCUUUCUGGAAAAAGCCUGAUGUGCAUAGGGGCAAGAACAAAAAGCAUCCCUUGCUUGCUAGAUCCAGGUAGCCCCACUAUCCCUCUGGAGAGAAGAGGGGCAGAUAUCCAUCAUUUAUGCUCAGUUGAGGCCCAGAGAUGGCUGGUCUAUUAGGGCAAGAACUGUCCAACUAAUCUCAACCUUAGCCAGCAGCCACCUGCCUGUCUUCUUGUGUACAUUUAAUCCAAUGAUGGUACUUCCUGUCAAGCUUACCUCUCCUUUGUGUUGCCACUGUAGGACUUCGUGUAGUGGAGGAUGCGGACAAAACUAGAAUCAUCUGGCUCUGCCUUUCGUUGGGCUCUGGCGCCACCUACUGUCGGGCUCCUUGCCUUCUGCCCCAUCAGCUCCAAUGUGGCUUCCUGGCAGCAUUUUUCAUCACCACGCUGGCUGGGUAAAUGUAAUCCCACCAUCCCUCUGGGAAAGGGGGACACAUUUUACUGCUUCUGUCCAGACCACCAGAAGGUGGCCCUCAAGAAAUGGCUGGAGGAGACUGGGACACACAGAGCUGAGAAGAGUAAACCAGGACACUGUGUGGGUUUUCUCCUGCCCCUUAUUUUCAUUGCUUGCCUUGCUGAUUAACGCUAUCAUCCCACCAUUCCUGUGCGAGAAGGGAAAGAAAGGGGACAGACAACAUUUGCUGUUUUCUGCUUGAAUGCUGCAAGGAAUGAGUAGAAGGAGAAAGCAACAACACAACAGAUUUGCUUCCCCCGGAAAAAUAAAGAUGGCAAGAUGACAUAUUUGAAAAGUAACAGGAGAUAUGGAAACAGAUUAACACUAGCGAAAAUACGAGGAAAUUAAUUUCUUGGGAAUUUCAGAGUUUUGAAAAUUAUUUUUUAAAGCAAGAUACAGUCACAACGAUUAAGGCGGCAGAAAACAGACUGGGGUACAGACUGGCAAUAUCGGAGAAUCAAUUUAUAGUCUGAGAAUAAAUAUGGAUAAUUUUUUUUUUUAAAAAAAGAAAAUGUAACUGAAAAAGCAGUAGAAGACAGAAAACAUAAAUAUGGCUUUCACAAUUUUGGAGCAAGGUAAUUGUCAACAGAAAGAAGACUGAGAUUUAUUAUACAAUCAUACAGAGGUGUUUGGGGGGCGGUGAAUAAGGAACAUUUUAAUUUCAGAGGUUUGAAUGAGAAAGCUGAAGAUGUAAAAGCAUAUUUGAAUGAGUUUUCUGCAGGAUAGUAGACUCCAAGUAGAAAUGGUAAUUGAUGUGGUCUUCAGAAUUAUUUCCAAAAUCUCUGACUCACACUUGAUAGUUGUCAAGGUGAACUGAUUGCAAAUGAAGUUCCUUUUGCAGUGGAACUUUGGGCAAUUUUUAAAUAAACUCAGUUUGAAUAUAUAUAUAUAAAGGGGUUUCAUCAACUCUUGUGUUUGAUUGUUGCUACUGCAUUUACCAUUUUUACCUAUCGAUGAUGUUUAAGCUUAAAGAUUGUUGAGUAAAAUAAAUAAAACAAUUGUUCACACUGGAAUUCAAUGUCACACUAUUACAAAUGUUUUGUCUGUUCAAAGAUUUCCACUUGCUUCUGGGGGUUCUCCUGACUUCCUGGAACCAAUUCCAGGGAGCAUAAAGGGACGCGGGUGGCGCUGUGGGUUAAACCACAGAGCCUAGGACUUGCCGAUCAGAAGGUCAGUGGUUCGAAUCUCCUUGACGGGGUGAGCGCCCGUUGCUCGGUCCCUGCUCCUGCCAACCUAGCAGUUCGAAAGCAAAUCAAAGUGCAAGUAGAUAAAUAGGUACCGCUCCGGCGGGAAGGUAAACGGCAUUUCCGUGCGCUGUUCUGGUUCGCCAGAAGCGGCUUAGUCAUGCUGGCCACAUGACCCGGAAGCUGUACGCCGGCUCCCUCAGCCAAUAAAGCGAGAUGAGCGCCGCAACCCCCCUAACGGUCAGGGGUCCCUUUACCUUUAAAGGGUGCACAGGAGUUGGGAGGUGAGGAAGUGAGCCUCACUGCACAAGCAGAAAUCCUUGCCUAGGACACCUGCUGACAAAGUUCAUUAGGUGAAUAGCACCCUAAGUGUGCAAUGAUGUCUUCUUCAGGGAUCCUCAAACGUUUUCAGCAGGGGGCUGGUUCACUGUCCCUCAGACCUUUUGGGGGGGCCGGACUAUAUUUUGAAGGGGGGAAAUGAAUGAAUUCCUAUGCCCACUGCACAUAUUGUAUUUGCUGGCACCAAUCAAAGCCCAGCACCCUUCCUCCGCAGGGUGGGGAGAAGCCAGGAGGGAGGGAGGAGGUGCCAGCGCCACAAGGGAAAGAACACGUGUGCUGGUGCAGCCCAAACGAUCAGAUCCACGCUGAUUCCCGGACCUCCCGUAGGCCGGAUUUAGGCGGCUAUUGGAACGGAUCUGGGCCUUAGUUUGCCGACCCAUGGUCGUCUUGAUAUUUUAUAGUUUAGCAGAGCAGCUUGUAACAUGCUGAAGGCAGUGAAAAAAUGUGGAGGACCACAUUAAUGAAUUGUGAAUUGAACUGGAAUGGAAUUACCGUAUUUUUUGCUCUAUAAGACUCACUUUUUCCCUCCUAAAAAGGGGAAAUGUGUGUGCAUCUUAUGGAGCGAACGCAGGCUGCGCAGCUAUCCCAGAAGCCAGAACAGCAAGAGGGAUUGCUGCUUUCGCUGCGCAGCGAUCCCUCUUGCUGUUCUGGCUUCUGAGAUUCAGAAUAUUUUUUUUCUUGUUUUCCUCCUCCAAAAACUAGGUGCGUCUUGUGGUCUGGUGUGUCUUAUAGAGCGAAAAAUAUGGUAGUUCCUUUUUGGUAGGGGUGAACUGGAACUAAGCCUGCACACCAAUAGGGCUUUGUUCUCCCACAAGCAAAGCAGAAAGCUUGAAAGCUAUUUUUGCUCUAGGUUUGCCCAGCACAGAAAGAGCUUUAAAGCUCCUUGCCUCGCUUGCAUUUAACUUGUCAGAUUUUAACCCGCGGCCUUCAACUAUGUAUGGCUGAGACUGUGCAAGUUACACACGUAAGAUGCAAUCGUAUUGCAUGGCUCAAUUAUCUGUUACUGUGUAAUACUGUCUAAAUGCUGAUUAAAUAUUUGUAUGCUACUUUAUGAAUGUGCCAUGUUCACCAACUAGAUGCUUUGUUUAUGGUGUGCUAUAGAAACUUAUAAAUAAAAUAGCUUAACAAUGCUGUUAACACACUUCUUUCCGUUUCGGUAUUUUAUUUCCUCAUGACACAAAAUACCACAUAUGAUAAAAAGAAAAGCACCCAAAUGCUCCAACACAAAGUACCUGAGCAAAGACUGAAGGCAAAAAAUGUACAUUAUGACACCCAAAAGCACUUGAGCAAAGUAGAAAUACAGUUAAUAAUAUUCAGACGACAGCAUAUGGUCAGUUGAAUGACACUUUUCAAAUAAAAACAGUAUAAUUUAUGACAAGUAUCACUAUACAGUACGAAGAGAGCAUGAAUGUUUUGUCGUAAUAGAUUGUACAAAAUUUUAUAUAAUGUAUGCACAUCUUAAAAAAUGAAUGUUUAUGUAUACAGUAGAAGUAAGCCUAUUAUGGAACACAUGAACGGUUCACUCCCAAAAUCAGUGUCAAAGCGCAUGUGCAGUUUUCCACUAGUGCAAAAGGUGUUCAUUACCAUUUCAUGUAGGUUCAUCAACAGAGUCAGGCGCACAUCAGUCAAACUGAUCGUGCCUAUGCCCAAUUCCAUCAACAUUCAUACCAACUCUCCCACUCCCAAUAUAAAUUUGAAAAAUUAUACUGCUUUGAUAUCCCCACAAGUUUCAAAUCCUACAUUUUGGAGGUGUGAAAUGGAGCUUGGCUCUUACACAAGUAGAAGACACCACUGGUCACACAAGAACAUUGCUGCUUCCAAGCCAAUGGUUGUCUUUAAAUUGUAUGGGAAAAUAAUUUUGAAAGGAAUCACGUCAGCUUUUUAAAACUGAAAUUAUCAUCAAAAUGUUUCAAGAUCAUCUCUUCCACAACUCUUUCCUGGAUACUCCACUAAAUAACCAUACAUCUUUAAUUCAUUCUUGUACUGAAAAUGAUCAAGUUAAUAAAAUGGAAUGAUAUGAUAGUUUGGCAAAAGUGUUUUUUUGUUGUUGUUCCAUUCAUUUCUUUUAAUUAUUUCAGAUAUAAGAAUGAACACACACAUCUUUAGUAAGUAUCUACUUUAAAAAAGAUGCUUAGAAGAAAUGUCCUUGAAACACUGAAAGGGAUUGUUUUAUAGAGAAAGGAGACAACUGAAGAGAAUAAAUAAGCUUAGUAUUUUAAAGAAAUGUUGGAAGCAAACUGAUGAAGAAGAAUCCAACACAAAUGCAUUUAAACUUUAGGAACUAUUUGCAAUAAGAGGGUUUUAAAAAUACACCCCACUUUCCCCCCAGAACACAGCUGUUAACAAAGUCUGUGAAGAACAUGAAAGGUUAAACAUAAGAUUUUAAAGCAGUAUUUGGCAACAAUCGUGUAGAUGCCCAUGCCAUCUGAGGUGGGCAAUCUCAGUAAGGUUCCCCUGUUUAUGGGAUGAUCUCCUCAGAGGUUCACCUACUUAAUUGUCCAUUUGGCAACAAGCAAAGGCCUUCUUCCUUUCAGAACUUUUAAGAUGCAAUUUUAGUCUUGUUUUACGCUUUUCUUUUUGUAUUGGCACUUUAACUGUUUUAUUAUUGAUUGAAAGACAGUAUAGAAAUAAUUAGCCGUGGGCUUCUGUGCUCUUUUCCUCUUCUGGUGCAGCUGAGGAAGCCUUUGUGUUCAUUUUUGAUAAACUGCAAUUUACGAUCUCAUCUGAACCCAGCAAGCUAUGAGGAGCUUAAGCUAUGGCUUGUUUGAAACAGGCCAACUUCAAACCAUGUGCUACGAAGCUGAUUUAUUUGCAAACAAAGGAUCGUUAAGAUUAACUGUGGUUUGUUGGAUUUGGACAAAGUGAAAGCUUUCAAUCACCUACUUGUGAUUGCACUAAAGGAGGGCGAUAGGAGACUUAAGACUUGCCUGGGCUUGUUCAUUUCACAAUAAACCAUAGCUCACUGUGAUAACGGAACACAUCUUUUGUGCAAUACUGACUCAGAAGUUUAACUGCUUCCCUCGAGAGAGCUGUGCCUUUCAGAUAUAAACACAGACCUCCUGUUUAUGUUAGCCAUCAAUGUUUUCAAUGCUGGGGGGACGGGGCAAAUUUGCACAUACCAUGAAAUACAUGUAUGGAUUGACUCCAUCUACAGAAAACCCACUGGAGGAACAACACAUUUGGGGCGUGGUAGGUCUGUAUGUGCACUGAAGUGACCAUGCCCAUAACCAAGUGUUGAAACAGGGUGACCCAACUUUGAUAAUGUAUCAGGGCAUUUAUGAAGUGCCUGUUUCCUAUUACCAAACGGUGGCACAAUAUAUUCACUGGGCUCAUUUCAGUCUAGUGCUACAGAUAGUUACAAAUGCAAUUAGUUAAUUUAAGGCAUGCGCCUGACUGGAAAAGUGGGAAUUUAAAUCCGGUUUCACUCUUUAGGGUUUUGGACAGUAGUCUCAUAUAUUUCACUUCUGAAUCCACACACUGAAGUGGAGCUAUUUCUUCAUACAAAUCGCAUCAGGUUUAUCAGCAUUGUUAGUUUAAGAGCAAGACGCGGGUCCAAACUCAACAAAGACCUAUACGCCACAGCUUGUCAGUUGUUGCUCCUGCUACUACUUCCUCCCACCCCGGUUUUUUGCUAUCACAAGGCCGGCGUCAUAACCAGUAAAUUUUGCAAGCUCCUAAUAAAGCAGCCAUAUGUGGCUGGUGGAUUACAUGUUGCAAAGGCCUACUGUGACAUUUUAGUGAGAUUCUAAAACAAGCAAUUCUUUUAGACAAGGUUGCCAAUUCCUCAAGUAUCACAUCAACAAGUAAUGGCACCCGCUUGCCUGUAUUACAUGGAGGGAUGCACAGAAUUGGGCCGAGAUCCUUAAAUUGAGCCUUGUGUCUUGCUUAAAUACACGAACAGCCAACUCAUUUUGGUCAAAUAAUGGCUACAACUGAGAGAGCUUUAUAAGGUGUGCUCCAGGACCUUCACACACAACUGCUGUAGUUCUGACUUUCCAUCUUUAUAAAUGCCUCCCCGUUCUGCAUGAAAAUGCUACUUGGUUUUAGUAGUAUGUCAUGCACAGUGAGGGGAGCCGCUAUUUAAAAAGUGUGUCUGAAUGUGUCGGUUCUAUGGAUUGGGACUCAGGGUAUGUGGGCUUUCAUACAGUCCUCACACAUUACUGAAAUACUGUAGAAUUUGCUCCUAUAUAACUUGCAUUAUUUGGGAUAUGGAAAGUGCUGCCGUUUUGAAUUUAAACUUUUGGUAAAAUUGGGCUAAGACUGAAAUCCUACAGGCGCUCACUUGUGAGUUAAGUUCUAUUAAACUUAAUGGAGCAUCCCUCUAAGCAGAUAUGCGUGAAAGUGCUCUGUAAAACUCUAUAUCAAGUAUAUAAACAAGAUGCUUCAUAAGGAAGGUUUUCCUGUAGAUAAUCUGAAUUAUCAUAAAUCCUUAUUACGCAGACUGGUAUCAGAAUACCAGGCACUUGUAAAGACGAAUAAAGAAUCCACUUGCCAUAUUGCUUCAAAAGUACAGAUCCAUUUAUCAAGCAUAGUUCAUUGGCAAAAAUAUUCAGAGGUAUGUUAAUUGAUGGUAAUUUAGUAAAGUACAUGAGUUUUUAGGAAAUGAAAACUUUAUAGUGUUAUUAUAGAGAAUGCUAGUUCCUGUUGCGAUCUAGCUAUAUAUUUUUUUUCUAAAAAGGGAUAUAAAAAUCUAAUACUAAACUAAGUAAGAAUCUAUCAUAUUAAACACAAAUGAAUUACAAAAUGAACUUUUUAGGCUGCUUAGUGGCUAACAGUUCUCAAGUUGUUCAUAACAUAUACAGCAGCGAGCAGACAAAGCACUGUUGUACCAAUAGUACAGAGCACACACACCAUAUCUUAAGAAGUGAAGUUUAUGAAAUGCUCGCGUCGUAAAAUGACAUUGAGGUUCAAGUGCGCAAGCAAGUCAUCACUUUGCUUAAAGUGAUUUCAUCAUCAGAAAAUGGUUUCCAUGUACUUCUGAUAUUUAUUCGCAGGCACCAGAGCAGAAUUUGUGAUCAGAACUUAGAUAUACAUAGCAUCUUUGUGGAGGUAACAAAUCAUUUUUUGAGGCAUAUAAUCUAAUGGCAAAGCAAUAUUCUCAAACUUGAUCAAUAAUAAUAAUAAUAAUAAUUUAAAAAAAAAGAUUCCUAGGCUAGGAUCCAAAGAACUAUUCUGGGAAUGUUUAAGAACUCAGGCAUCCUUCCUUUGAACAGCAGGGCUUCAAACC